UCACAGUCACUCUUCCUCUUCACACUUCUCUUCUCUUCGUCUCGUCUCUCGGAGGAAGAUGCGGCCGCUGGACUUCUGUCUGUUUCUCCUGCUCAACGCUGGACGAGUCGCCGCCCAAUCGGACAAUGGAGGAAAUGUGUGUUAUAUUCUGGACGGGAUUCUGAUCGUUUACGGCGUGGUUUUGACCGCGCUUUACUGCAGAUUAAAGAUGAUUUCGUCUCACAGUUUCUCUGAGAAACAAGACGGAGACAUUUAUCAGGAUCUGGGCCGUCAUGAUCAGGACACAUACGACACUCUUGGUGGGAUGAAGAAGAAGCCUCUGGCAUGAGAACACCCACAUGCUUUCUACAUAAUUGAGCUUCGUUAACAUCCAGUUCUUCUCUGUUGUCAUUGUUUGAUGUUGUUAAUCAGUACAAUGUGUGUGUACGGCUCUCAAUGCCAAUUAACAUAGUAAAGUUAUAUUUUUUAACUUGAACAGUGUCCAGUCAUUUUUCUUGUUAAUGUAUGAGUAAAAAAUAUUCUUAUUUCUAAUUUAAAUAAAAUACUUUCUUAAAUCCC